GAGGCUUGAAAGAGAAAAAAAUUCAGAACUGUAAUCGAUGUUGUUCCGUGUUCAAUGUUGCCUUCGAAGCUUAUUGUCAAUAGUAAUUUGUUUUUCUAUUUCACUUUUAAUUGUCUCUCCUAAUCAUCAGUAGAUUAUCAGUUUUGUAUGAGAGAGAAAGAGAGAGGAAAAAGUGAUAAUUAGUGAUAAUCCAAGUAACAGAAUGAGAAUUUAUCGCUUCAUGUUUAGUUUAUCAUUCUAAUUGUUGAUUAUCACUCGAUGUCCUCGGGUUACUUAACCGACUCUCAAUCUCUCCCUCCCUCUCUUUAAAUCACUUUUGGCUCACUUUCAAUUCAACAAUCAACGAGUGAACAUCAACUAUUUAAGUUAUAUUUAUUUUCUAUGUGACUCUCAACAAGAUCAAGUUCACAAUUUAAGUUAAUCAUCACCAUCGAAUUUGUUUUUUAAUCUCAAUCAUCAAUUUUGUCUUUUUCUUUGUUACAACAACAACAAUAAUCUUUUGUCAUCACCCAAAAAAGAGACAUUGACUUGUAAAUGUAUGGAGACAACAACAAACCAAUAGAAGAGCAAAAAAAAAAGAUGUCAACAUUGAUUAUAAUCAAAUUGAAAGAAAAUCAGUAAACCAUUUUGGUUAAUCAAGUGAUAAAAGAAAAAGAAUCGGGAUUCUACUUAUACCUGAAUUGAUUUGAAAGAAGUAAAUUGUUAAUCAACGAGUAACAAUUAACAUCGAAUUCUAAAUUUGGUUAUUGGACAAUUGGUUCGAAUCUUUUUUUCUUCUAAUUUUCUUCCUUAUUUUGGAUUCUAUUAUCUUCCAUUCUCAUCAUCAACAUCAUCUUAAUCUAAUUGUUUCAAUCUAUUCAAACAUUACAAUUGUGUUAUCAUCGUAAUCAUCAUCAUUAUUAUUAUAAUAAUUGGAUGAAUGUUCAAUGAGAGAAUCAGUUUAAUUCAUAAUCUCAUCUGAUAUCGAGGAUGAAACGUGUUGAUUUAAUUGUUCACCUUAUCCAAUUGACUUUAAUCGCCUUCCUUGAGACCAUCUCAUGUGAUUUUACCCACGGCCUGGAACCGGAAGACUUCAGCAUGGCCAUAAUCAAUGUCUCUUAUAUCGACCCCGAAACUGGUCGACUUCACAUUCAACGUGAAGAGUUUGGCAAAUAUUUCAACAUUGGACGAAUCGAUCCAGUGAGUGGUCUAGUUGUUCACAUAACUGGACCUGAGGGCGAUUCUCAUGAUGCCUGUCAACCAAUUGAUCCAUCAACAUGGCCCAAUGAACGAUGGGUCGCAUUAGCUGUUUAUGGUAAUUGUUCCGAAGAAAAGAAACUUCGAAACAUCGCCGAAACCAAUGCAUCGGCAGCAGUGAUCUACAAUAACGAAAUUAAUACUCGAUUUAUUCAACUUCACCCGAAAGAGCCCAAAUUAACUUCAGUAUUCAUAUCAAAGGAAAAAGGUGAAGAAAUUGGUCUUCUAAUAAAAAAUGGAGCUCGAGUCAUGAUCCACAUAACAAUUGCCACUCAUGGUAAUUUCCGUUAUUCCAACAUAAAUAAAACCUCAGUUCUCUUUGUAUCAAUUUCAUUCGCCAUUCUCAUGAUUAUAUCUCUCGCCUGGUUAAUAUUUUAUUAUGUUCAACGAUUUCGUUAUAUUCAUGCCAAGGAUAUUCUUGCUAGGAGAUUAUGUAAUGCUGCCAAAAAAGCCUUGGAAAAAAUUCCCACCAAAACUGUGAGCCAAACCGAUUUAACUAAUGCAAUGCAAGGCGAUUUCCCGGAAUGUUGUGCUGUUUGUAUCGAUCCAUUUAAAAUUAACGAUGUUGUAAGAAUUUUACCUUGCAAGCAUGUUUUUCAUAAAUCUUGUGUUGACCCUUGGCUAUUGGACCAACGUUCAUGUCCAAUGUGUAAACUUGAUAUACUUAAACAUUAUGGUCUCAUGGUUGUCAUGGCUUCAGUAACUAAUUUAGAAUGGAUCGAGGAACAAGGUUGAUUAACUAAUUAAUUAAUUAACAACCAAACAAAAUGGAAACAAUGUUUCUCCUCCAUUCUAAACUUGGCGCUUCUUCAACUUGUUCGUCUCCAAUAACAACCAACAACUUAACAUGUGCUCACAUUUGGGAAACUCAAUCAAUUUUUUUUCGUUUUUUGAUCUCCUUAUUUUUAAUUAUCAAUUUAUUUCUUCAAUAGUUAAUCAACUAACUUUUGUUAA